AUGUUCGCUGUCUUUGUGCCGACGACCCGCUGCCUCCUCCGGCGCGUCCUGCCCGGGCCGCCCGCCGCCAUGCACCGGCUCUACAGCCUGGAUGUGACCGCUCCGCUGCUCCGCACGCAGGGCUACGUGGACGGCCGCUGGAUCUCCGCGGCCUCGGUGUUCCCCGUCCUGGACCCGGCCACCGGGCAGGAGAUCGCCCGGGUGGCGGACUGCGGCCCCGCGGAGGCCAAGCAGGCGGUGGACGCUGCCUACACGGCGUUCGACGGCUGGAGGCGGCACACAGCCAAGGAGCGGAGCCUCCUGCUGAGGAAGUGGUUCGACCUGAUGACGCUGCACAAACAAGACCUCGCCAAACUGAUCACCUUUGAAUGUGGCAAACCUAUGGCGGAGUCUCUCGGGGAGGUGGCGUACUCCGCCUCCUUCCUGGAGUGGUUCUCAGAGGAGGCUCGGCGAGUUUACGGCGACAUCGUCUCCUCGCCGGCGAAGGACAGGAAGCUCUUCCUCCUCAAGCAGCCGGUGGGCGUCUGCUCCAUCAUCACCCCGUGGAACUUCCCCAGCGCCAUGAUCACCAGGAAGGUGGGAGCUGCUCUGGCCGCCGGCUGCACGGUGGUGGUCAAACCGGCGGAGGACACGCCCCUGUCGGCGCUCGCUCUGGCCGAGCUGGCGGAUCAGGCGGGGAUCCCGGCGGGUGUGUUCAACGUGGUGCCUUGCUCCAGAGGGAGGACCCCGGCGGUGGGGGGGGUUCUCUGCACCGACCCCCUGGUGGCCAAGAUCUCCUUCACCGGCUCCACAGCCACCGGCAAAGUGUUGCUGAAAAUGGCCGCCGACACAGUGAAGAAGACGUCCAUGGAGCUGGGUGGCCACGCCCCCUUCAUCGUGUUCGACAGCGCCGACGUGGACAGGGCAGUGGGCGGAGCCAUGGCCUCCAAGUUCAGGAACUCCGGACAGACGUGUGUGUGCUCAAACCGGUUCCUGGUCCAGAGCGGCGUCUACGACCGCUUCCUGGAGAAACUGGGCCGAGCGAUGGACGCCGAGCUGCGUCUGGGUCACGGCUCGGAGCCCGACACCACCCAGGGGCCGCUCAUCAACACCAGAGCUGCAGAGAAGGUGGUCCAGCAGAUAUCUGAUGCCGUGUCCCUGGGAGCGAAGGUGCUGAGGGGGGGGAAGCGUCUGGACGGGUCCUUCAUGGAGCCGACUCUGCUCGCCGACGUCACCACGGACAUGCUGUGCACCCGAGAGGAGACGUUCGGCCCGCUGCUGCCGGUCAUCAGGUUCGAUACCGAGGCCGAGGCUCUGGCCGUCGCCAACGCGUCUAACGUUGGACUGGCCGGUUAUUUCUACUCGCAGGACAUCAGUCAGAUCUGGCGGGUGGCCGAGGCGCUGGAGGUGGGGCUGGUGGGAGUGAACGAGGGCCUGUUGUCCACCCCGGAGGCCACCUUCGGGGGGGUCAAACAGUCGGGUUUGGGCCGCGAGGGCUCCAAGUACGGCAUCGAGGAGUACCUGGACGUGAAGUACAUGUGUCUCGGGGGCCUCCAGCUGUGAGGGGGCGGGGCCUGCCGUCCAGCUGUGAGGGGGCGGGGCCUGCCGUCCAGCUGUGAUCUGUAGAGCCACGUUGUAAUUAACACAUUUUUAAUGGGAACGCUCCCGAUGACAGAAAUAAUAACAGGGUCCAGUGAAAUAUAUUUUGAAAAAUAUCUUUUGCAGUUAAUGAUGUUUUGAUCAGGGGUGAUAUUCAGUUCUGAUUGGAUGACUUUGUGCCAUAAUCACGAUCCACCAAUCAAAACAGGAGGAGUUCAUUCAGGGUCCUAUUUUGAAAUAACAAUAUUUUACUACUCUAGCCAGUAGGAGGAGCUGUAGCCUCCCGUUGUGGAUAAGCCCCGCCCCCCUCGGUAACUUUACAUACGCGUCACCGUUUAGUUUUUUGUAAAAGUCCUGUAAAAUAAAUGUUAAAAUUAUUUUAUUGGAAGAAAUUGUAUGUGCCAAUAUAUUAUUGAUUCAUUGAAACCUUUAUUUAUACAGAGGGAAAGCCACUGAGAGCGAGAGAGCUUUAACGAUACAAAUAUACAAAUAUACAGUAAAGGAACAACUAUUUACAGAUUGUAAAACAGAAAUACAUACAAUAAGAAACAAAGCAGCAAAAGUAAUAAACGUUUGAACAGUGAAGACAAAGUCGUCUCUGGGUUUAACUUCUUGGUUCUGGUUCCCACAAACUAGUUGCUGCUGCUAGUUAGCCGGCCUGCUAACAGUCACUGGUGACAGGUGCUAAGCUGUGAUUGGAGAGAGACAGUUUGGGGGCGGGGUUUAGUUGAAAACGUUGAUGAAGGUUACGUCAGCAGAUCUGCAUCUUCUCCAUCACCUUCCUAGAAAACAUCUGUUUUCCACAAAGUGAACCUCCUGUGUAACACAGACAUUUUGUUGUGCUACUGAUAAAACUAAAUACUCUAAACCUUAAAUCGUUUUGUUGGUGUUGAUCUUCCUCAAGUUCUGUUGUAGGAUUUAUUUCAGUGAAAACUGUUUUUUUAGUGAUUAAAAUCCUUUAAUAUGCUGAUAUAUAAUAAAUAGGAAAACAUUAGCAUUUAAUAUCAUUAGUUUAAUGUUUGGACCUUUAGUUCAAAAUGUAGUUUAUGCAUCUGUUAAAGAUCUGUUUGUGUAAAAUGAAAUGUUGAAUAUAAAUGUUGAAUACGUGGCUAAUGUGGAGGACGAAUCAUCUGCAUGGAUCCAGUUUCUAGCUCAAAAUCAAUGUCAGUGUUUUUCUGUAUAGAGAUAAAUUAAUAGAUCAGAUUUAAGAUUCCUGGUGACAACCUGCAGCAGUUCUGUUUGAGCCAUAAUGAGUCUCGUGAAGUUCUACAAACCUUAUUGGAAGUGACUGACACUGUGGUGAGCAAAUAAAUACCAGAAGUAAAGUA